AAACUUGGUCACACUGAAUUCUUCAGUCAGUCAAAAAUGGGGCUGUUGUCAAUUUAUUUCAAACCCAAUUUUUUGGGUUUGUUAAAAUGUUUAAACAAAUUAAAUUGGUUCAUUGUGUUCUUUAGUUUAAUUAAUUUAUCGGUAUGCAUUUACGAAGACCAGAUCGGUAAAUUCGACUGGCGUCAAACAUACGUAGGAAGGAUUAAAUUUUCCCAAUUUGACACAGUAUCCACAGCCAAGAAGAUAAUUGUCGCUACCGAAGAAAAUGUUUUGGCAGCACUGAAUCUAAAAACUGGUCAAGUGGUAUGGCGUCAUGUGUUCGAGAGUGCCUCUACAGGCAACAUUCAGCUCCUACAAAUAACAGAGAAAGUGGUCACAGUCUCCGGAUCCAACCCUUACUUGGUACGGGGAUGGAACUCUGCUACAGGGGUCCUCCAAUUUGAAUGGUCUCUGACUCUUCAAAAUGAUGAGCAAGCAGACUUCUCGGAAUGGUGGGUGCAGAAUGACAUGUUGGUUCACAUGCUGCCAGUUUUUGGGUCACAUAUUGAAGUUACCAUGUACAACCUCGCCACUGGACAGAACAGGGGAUCCACUACCAAGUUGCCUGCUGUAUGGUCCAAUGAUGGAUGCAUAGUAACAGCGCCAUACUACACCUGUGUACAUGGCCCGAGAGGUAAUCAACAACUGUUCUCUUUGGAUGUGACAUCAAACACAGUCCAGGUUAUAAGCCAACCACUUUCGGAAUAUGUUACAUCACCUUCUUAUGGAGGUAAUCUGCAACCAGUUGAUGGCAAUAAUAUUAUACCAGCAUUCACAGUAGACGAUAAGAAGAUUAUUAUAAUAAAGAAUAAUCGGUUUGAAAUGUUGAAGACUGAUGUGGUGGAUCCGUCGGCUAGCGUGGCGUUGAUAGAUAUCGCGAAUGGUCCAGUUGUUCUACAGACUUGGAUCGAUGAUACUCAGGGCUUCUCAAUGCGAGCUAACAGCGUGUCUACGGGCGCGGAAGUGGCAGAGCUGCGCACGUCGGACCGCGAGCUGAAGCUGCCCGAGCCGGAGGUUUCGUCCGCCGUCUGCACCAAGUCCGCCCGGGAGCAGCUCGUCUGCAGGAUACUGCUCACCGGCGGAGACGACUCCGUGCAUCUCAUGCAGCAAGGAGGUCGCAUAUUAUGGUCCCGUGAGGAAGCUUUGGCGAACGUCGUGGCCGCCGAGUUCGUGGAGCUGCCAGUAUCAGACUUGGAUGCUGCUAUUGAGUCCGAGUUUGACCAGAAAGAAGGUUCGAUAUGGGCGGCAUUCUCCCGUCGCCUGCAGACGCAGUUCCAGCAGCUGCAGACGUUGGUGCACAACAUCCAGAGCGGGGACGUCCUGGAGGAAGAUCCCCCCUCCGCUUUAGUACGCGACUACUUCGGCCUACACAAAAUCAUUGUACUCGUUACUGAUGUCGGAAAGAUCUUCGGUAUGGACAACCUGUCUGGCAACAUUCUGUGGCAGUACUACGAAGCUAGCCUGGACACGGAGAACGUGGUCGUGUUCACGCGACGCACCGCGCGACACCCGCCGCACGACGCGUACCUUACUAUUGUUGGGAAACAUGAGGAGACAGGCAAUGGGUUGAUUAUCAGCUUGAACCCUAUAACGGGGUCCCUCAUCGGGGAGCGGCUCCUGCAGCUGGACGUGCAGUUAUUGCAGUGCGCAAUACUGCAUCGCGCCGACAAUGAGAAGCUGCACGCUCUUAUACUGCUAGACAAGGAUGAAAAUGUUCAGAUUCUACCACAGUCGGCGGCGCCUUUGGUAGAGAAUAUGUUCAUGUACGUAGCAGAGAGGAACACCGCUCGGGUGCAGGGAUACGCACUCAUAUACAACGGACAGACAGUAGAAGCACUCCGCACUUGGUUAGUACAGCUCGGAGGCUCAGCGGAUGCGGGACACCGCAUCGUAGCGGCGGCGGCCAAGGCGGCCGGGGAACGGGUACACUCCCCGGGCCGGGUACUGCCCGACCGCUCCGUGCUCUACAAGUACGUCAACCCCAACCUCGUGCUCUUCGUCACCGAGGGACCCGAUCCACUGCACAAAGAUGUAGUAGUAGCGACAUGCGUGGACGCGGCGUCGGGCGCUAUAAUAGCUGCGCAGGCGCAUCGCCGCGCGCGGGCACUGCCCUACGUCGUACACACGGAGCACUACCUCGCGUAUCUGUACUACAACGACAAACAUCGCAGGACUGAGAUUGCGACGAUGGAGCUGUACGAGGGCAAGCAGCGCUGGUCGGGCGCGGGCGCGGCCUUCCGCUCGCUGUGGGCGGAGCGCGCGCCCGGCGUGGAGCGGCGCGCCUACAUCGUGCCCGCCGCGCCCGCCGCCGCCGCCAUCACUAGCACUGAGCGCUCCCUCACUGACAAACAUCUGCUGCUGGCACUAUCAUCAGGUGCAAUAGUGGAGGUGCCGUGGGUGUACCUGGAGGCGCGGCGCGGCGCGGGCGAGGAGGGCGGCGCGCUGCCGGCGGCGGCGCCCGAGCUGGCGCUGGCGGGCGACGCGCGCCUCAACUACAACCGCACCCUCGCGCGGCCCCGCGGUCUACACACCGCGCCCGCCGGGCUCGAGUCCACCAGUCUAGUGCUCGCCACUGGGCUCGAUCUUUUCUACACUCGAGUAGCACCAUCAAAGACGUUCGAUCUCCUGAAGGAUGACUUCGACUACUACCUAAUCACCAUAGUGCUGGCGGCGCUAAUCGUCGCCACUUAUAGUACCAAGUACUUCGCUUCGCGGAAGAUGCUCAAACUAGCGUGGAAGUGAUGCAAGUAUAGCCUCUAGGGUACUAUAAAAAGGAAUUUGGACUGUGCUCCCAUAGAAAUAAAGUUCAGAUCUAUUAAAAAGGUAUGCUACGGAAAGUAUUUGCCUACAGCCUAAAUAAGGCGAGUAACUAGAUUUUAAUGAUACUGAUUUGCAAGUUAGCGUUAAAGUAGAAGGUAAUUUAAAGUGGUCUAGAACAAAGUAAUGCUAAAUAUCAAAGAUUGAUACAAGUAAUAUAAAGAAUAAAUAAAGAUAAGAUGUUUAAAAUAUUAUGAUUAUAUAAUAUUUAUUGUCAAAUUCUAGAUAGUGUUACUUGCUUUUCUAUUUCUGCGAUUCAUUAUUCAUAUCAACUUGAUAGCUCCUGUCUCGAAAACCGUGCCAUUGUAGUCUGCAAAGAGAUUCCAUUCUCUCGUUGAUGGCACCCGUGAGCUGAGAGGAAAACCACUGCCAUAUAUUCCGACGCAGUCCAAAUUCCUAUAUUUUAAUGGACUUUUAUAAAUAAAUAAUGAAUAGUUUCGUGAUCGUGCAUAGUGAGUGUUCACAGUUAGUAAAUGGAUACACAGUAAUAUAUACUUUAAGCUUAAGCUCCGUUGUAGAAAGUUAAACAAAAUAUAUAGAAAAUGGACUUAAAUCUAGGAUAAUAUAUGCAAUGGAAUACGGCCUUUACAAGACUAAUCGUAAAUUGACUAGCAAACGAAACUUAUUUUAAGCAUUCUGUACUAUCAUCGUAAAUGCUAGUCGAGAGUCGGCGAACUUUUUGUAAGAAGCAAUAAAGUAAGAGAACUGUAAAUAUUGUUACACUUUUACAACGGUGCGUUUGAGCGUCAUAUCUGAAGGGAAAUCUGAUAUUUCUGAAUGGAUUCAGUGAUCAAAGUUGUUCAAAUAAAUACCGGUCUAUAUAGUUUAAGUUGACCCUUCCACGUAGUGUACGAAGCCCCGAAUUGAUUUGUAUAUUCAAUGUUUAUAACAUAGUAAUUUUCUAAGCUGCUUCAACGGAUCAUGUUAAACUGUAUAGACUUAAAAUUGUAAAAUUUAGCUAGUGCAAUUUAGAUGUAUUAUUUAUUUAAGGGUGGUUUGUAUUAUACGAUUCAUUUUAAAUAUAUUUAAACCAUUCCACUAUUUGUCACCUUAUAAUAUAUCAAUUUUAACAUCAUUGUAUUGUAAAUUAAAGAUAUCGUUAUUUUUCCUAUUUAAAUCUAUUCUAAAGUCGACUUAAGGUGGCUGAGGUGAGUAUAAUCUUAUUGAACAUAGCAUUUAAUAUAAUUAUGUAUCUUAUUCAAAAUGUCCGAGCAUUUGUUCCUACAGUUUUUUAAGUUUCUUCUUAUUUAUUAACACAGAGGAAAACUGCGCAAGAAAUCGUUACUGUUUAUGUUUGAAGCAAUUUCCACAAAGAUUGUAUAAUAGAAUAUUGUAUAAUCUCAGUUAAUUAUAAGUUCCAUUCAUAAAUACCUUUAUAUUAUAUAGGAAGUAUUAGAAACACGUCACACAUGACCUUUCGGCUACUCUCUGUUGAGUAGAACUACUUAAUUGUGUACUUCAAGGCAUGAUUUUAGAAGAGCAGUAUAUUGCUUACCGUUUUGUAUAUUUGUCUCCGGUAGUAAUAUUUAUCGGGACGUCGAGCACUGUUUCUAGAACUUAGAGUUAUAAUAGACAGAUAUAUUGAAACUUGUUCUCCCUCAAUUGAGAGCUACGUAAUUCUAACCACAAUAAAAAUGUAUAAAUAUUCCCAAACAUGAUCCAUUACCUUUCCAGAAGAACGGUCCAUAUGAAUACAUGUUUGCUUCGUGAAUUUUAUCCGCAUUGUUAUUCCUAUAAUAUGUCGACCUUACUUUUAAAAUUAAAAAUAUUUUAAUUUUAAACAAGAACCGUUAUUUUAAGCGAGGAUUUUUGUUUACAAGUAUUUGCUCACGCAGAGUUGUUAAUUAGCAAUUAAGGUUAAAGUUUACCGUGUCUUAUUUGUUUAUUACUUAUAAUGUUUCUUUGUUAUUUCAAUUUGUUGCAAUGGUGGCUUCAUAGUUCAGAGGUAGAACAUUGCAACCACACUCAUAGCUACCGCUCAUGGAAGUGACCGAAUUCUGAGACUCGUAAAUUAAAAAAGCUUUUUUAUAUUUAUAUCUUGACAAGAAAGUGUAAAUAUUAACUUUUACAAAAACAUUGUAAUACAAACCUUAGUUUCCACACAAAGAAACUUAUCUAUACAAUUUUGUAUGCUAAGAAGUUAUUUAUGAAAUAUAAUAAAUUAUAUUAUUUAUUAUUCAUUAACUCUUCUGUUAUUCAAAUACAUGUACUUUAGUAUAUCCGAAUGUUACCAUUUAAUCGAUUUUUAUGUAUAUUGUAUGGGUUAUUCACGUAAUUGACCUCGACAGUUUUCAACUAACAGUUGGCUGCGCGACGUUAAAUAAUAUAAGCUGCUAGCGUGAAUGAAACUAGCCGAUUUCCUCUAACUUAACAGUUACGAGUACAUCGUUACACAUAAUAGUUAACAUUUCAUUGUUUAAAUUUAGCGAUUGGGAUGAUAACAGUAACAGGAUAAUGUGAUUUAUGUUAUUGUUCUAGUACAGCUGGUCCGGAUACUCCAAACCAGCAAUGACACUCAUUGAUGAUCUUGGAAUGCACUAUUUAUUGUUACCAAUAGUAAAGACGAUUUUAAAUACUUGUGUGUAAGUUAUUCACUUACAUUAUGUAAGAUGCGAUCCACGCGUUAAACCUAUUUGUUAUGUGCAUGUAACAAAUUAGUUUACCAUUAAUGUUUUGUGAGAACAUUAUAAAAAAUCGUGAGUGGUGAGAAGUCCCUAAAUGUGGCUUUGUUAGACUGAGAUAAAGAUGUGAGAGUGGUUGCAAUACAUAAGUAAAUAUUAUAUACUGUAAUUAUAAAAUGGGUAUUUGUUUUCUGUGACCAAUGUGUUUUUGUAAAAAAUAAAGUUGAAGUAAUUACUGCCAG